UGGCUACCCAGUGGCCCCGCUGCUCCCAUGGAUCCGCUGAACCUGUCCUGGUACGAUGACGAUCUGGAGAGCCGGAACUGGAGCCGGCCCUUCAACGGGUCCGAAGGGAAAGCCGACAGGCCCCACUACAACUACUACGCCAUGCUGCUAACCCUGCUCAUUUUCGUCAUCGUCUUCGGCAACGUGCUGGUGUGCAUGGCCGUGUCCCGCGAGAAGGCGCUGCAGACCACCACCAACUACCUGAUCGUCAGCCUCGCUGUGGCCGACCUCCUAGUGGCCACGCUCGUCAUGCCCUGGGUGGUCUACCUGGAGGUGGUGGGCGAGUGGAAAUUCAGCAGGAUCCACUGUGAUAUCUUUGUCACUCUGGACGUCAUGAUGUGCACGGCAAGCAUCCUGAACCUGUGUGCCAUCAGCAUCGACAGGUACACAGCCGUGGCCAUGCCCAUGCUCUACAACACGCGCUACAGCUCCAAGCGCCGAGUCACCGUCAUGAUCACCAUCGUCUGGGUCCUGUCCUUCACCAUCUCCUGCCCGCUGCUCUUCGGACUCAACAACACAGACCAGAACGAAUGCAUCAUCGCCAACCCCGCCUUCGUGGUCUACUCCUCCAUCGUCUCCUUCUACGUGCCCUUCCUCGUCACCCUGCUGGUCUACAUCAAGAUCUACAUCGUCCUCCGCAGGCGGCGCAAGCGGGUCAACACUAAGCGCAGCAGCCGGGCUUUCAGGGCCAACCUGAAGGCCCCGCUCAAGGGCAACUGCACUCACCCUGAGGACAUGAAACUCUGCACCGUUAUCAUGAAGUCUAAUGGGAGUUUCCCUGUGAACAGGCGGAGAGUGGAGGCUGCCCGUCGAGCCCAGGAACUGGAAAUGGAGAUGCUCUCCAGCACCAGCCCGCCCGAGAGGACCCGGUACAGCCCCAUCGCGCCCAGCCACCACCAGCUGACCCUCCCCAACGCAUCCCACCACGGCCUCCACAGCACACCUGACAGUCCUGCCAAACCAGAGAAGAACGGACAUGCCAAAGACCACACCAGGAUUGCCAAGUUCUUUGAGAUCCAGACCAUGCCCAACGGCAAAACCCGGACCUCUCUCAAGACCAUAAGCCGCAGGAAGCUCUCCCAGCAGAAGGAGAAGAAGGCCACCCAGAUGCUCGCCAUUGUUCUCGGCGUGUUCAUCAUCUGCUGGCUGCCCUUCUUCAUCACCCACAUCCUGAACAUACACUGUGACUGCAACAUCCCACCCGUCCUGUACAGCGCCUUCACGUGGCUGGGCUACGUCAACAGCGCCGUGAACCCCAUCAUCUACACCACCUUCAACAUUGAGUUCCGCAAGGCCUUCCUGAAGAUCCUACACUGCUGA